AUGGAGAGCUCAGGUGAUUGGACUUGCGACGCCAAUGACGCCGUCCAAAUCACCGUUGUCCAGCCCAGCGACCAGAAGCCCAAGACGAUUUCUAGUUUCCACCCGCAAUUCACAUACCCAAUUUUUGGCGAUGAAGAACAGGUCUUCGGAUACAAGGGAUUGAUCAUCCGUUUGCGCUUUGCGGCCCAUGACCUUCGCCCGCAUAUCCACAUCUCCUACGACGAGAAAUUUAAGACCAUAGGCGACACUGCGCCGGUUGAUCUUUUGAAGACUCUGAAGCCAUGGAUUCCAGAAGGUGGGCCACCCUGUCUCCUUCUUCUCUUUGGGCAUCUUCAUCUAACUCUCAAUGCGCCUUAUGCAGAAGCAUUCAUCACCCUACCUGAAUACGAGAGAGCGCUGCAAGAGGAGGAUGCAAAGAACUUCGUCCCACCGGGCAAACUUGUACACAGUUAUGACACAGCCGGUAGGAAGUAUGAGAUCUGGGCUGGCUCUCUCGCCGACCCUGCGGUGCGACACCUUUUGGACCGCAUGCAGGUCUUCGUCUCCUUCUUCAUCGAGGCUGGAACACCUCUUGCGACAGAUGAUCCUGAGUGGACGCUCGAAAGAUGGACGGUCUAUUUUGUGUACGAGAAGGUGACGCCUCCGACUCCCACUGCAUCGCAAUAUUCCUUCGUCGGAUACGCUACCACCUACCGCUGGUGGCUCUACCAGAGAGAGACCUCCAAGGAGCCUGCUGUCACAAACGACGCGUUCCCUGCGCCCGAAAUCAGACCGGCGCAGCUUCCGUCUCGGCUGCGUAUUGCUCAGUUCCUGAUUCUUCCACCUCACCAAGGUUCCGGACAUGGUGUUCAUUUGUACACAACCAUCCAUACCGCAUGCUUCAAGGACCCCACAAUCGUCGAGUUGACUGUGGAAGAUCCGAAUGAAGCUUUCGAUGCCCUCCGUGACACGGCCGACUACCACAUCCUGACGCCCGAGCUCCUCAAGCACGACGUGAACAUUAACCCUGAUCCAUACGAUGCACAGUCCAUAAAGCAGCGGCCGCGCCGCGUUCCGACGGCAGCGCUCAUUCCCACUAAGCUGCUGCAUGAUAUCCGUACAUCCUACAAGAUUGCCCCCACACAAUUCGCCCACAUCCUGGAAAUGUUUUUACUGGGACGGAUUCCAUUCAAGAACCGCCAUGCUGGUGGAGCUCCUCUGACGCGACUGCUGAUCAAGAAGCAUAAAUCGGAAGAUCCCAAUGAACGGCGUUACUACUGGUGGCGCAUGCUCGUCAAACAGCGACUCUACAAACGUUCUCGCGACAUGCUGAUCCAGCUCGAGAUGAGCGACCGCAUCCAGAAGCUCGAAGAAACAGUGGGCAAUGUGGAAGAGGGUUACGAGGUUCUCCUCAAGGCCUUCGUUAAGCGUGAAGAAGCUCUCAAGGCUAAGCUUAGUGAAGCCGAGGCUGACGCAACUGGUCGAGACCAGCGAGCAAAGCGGAAGUUCACUGUCAGGGACGAUGAAGAUGAGGAUGAGAACACAGACGAUACUGCCGCCGCCAAGAGGCCAAAGGUGUAG